UCUUGUAUGGAAAGGCGACGAAGGGUCAUGCUCAUUCUUGUUUACCUUCACGAUUGUUUUGAUUUUGACAGCUAACGGUAAGAUUGAAUCCAGGAUUGUCGUGAAAAGAAUAUUUGUAAUGAUGAAUUUUGCAAGACCAACACCAUCAAAGUCACCAACACCUGCUAAAAAUGUACGCCCUCUGGGAAUGCCCGUUCGGGGACCACCAAAAGUAUCUCCUUCAAUGUUGUACUCUUACUCUGACACAUUCGAUGAUUCCCUGUCACCAAGGGUUGUCCAGUACUCGGAUACACUCGAUGACACUGCACCAACAAAGACAAGACUUUACUCUGACACAUUUGAGAGUGAGGACGCAGCUACUUCAUACAGUGAUACAUUUGUGGAGGGCACACUAGCAACAGAACAAGUUGAUACUCACUUGUCAGAAUAUUCCAAUUCACAAACUCUUCAACAUGACUCCAGACCAUAUUCCUACACAGACACGUUUGACUCCAGUAGCAGUCAUUUUCGUGGUUCCACCACAUACACAGGAACACACACAGACAAAGCCAGUGGUCAGUCGGAUGAUGGGUAUACACAUUACGAGUCGGCUGACUCUAUAACACAACAUAGUGAGGACACUUAUAGUCAGCCAACCUUCACUAGACGAGUUGAAUCAGAUGAGGAAACUUAUUCAGAAAGACAGUCUAGUGGCUCUGAUGAUGACAUGACCUUGGAAAAUGACAGCUAUGACUACAGUUACACAUUUGAGGAAGCUGACACCACAAAGACAGAGGACCCAGAAAAACUAAGAAAGGAAGCUGAGCUCUUCAAACUUGCAGAGGAAGCAAAAACAAACUUUGCAGCAGACAUGAUGUCUCGGUUAAGACAGAAACGUAUCAGACAGACAGAUGUAUCAUCUUUACUGACGCAGGAAAAAACUGACAAAGAAAAGGAAUUAGAUUGGCAUUGUUCUAGAUACAUCAAAAAGAAGCUACGCUUGCUAAAACAGAAACACUCUUCCUCAGCUAUGAAAAGUAAGGGGAAGCCCAUACAGAAACAGUCUGAGGCCAAGGCCUCACCAGUGAAGGAGGGAGAACAACUUAUACAGGAGUAUGGCAUUGAUCCAGCUCUGAUGGACAGACUCAAACUGAAAAACUUCAUCAAGAGAAUGGAAAUGGCCGCCCAGGAAGAAAUACACGAUCCCAGGCGAUGUAAGGAUUGCAGAACUCACCAGCUGAAAAUUGAUGCUGCUGCAGCUCAGAGAAGCUUUGUGCGCGAGAAGACGAGAGAUAUCAGACAGGAAAUAAUAGAGGAUAGAAUCCAAUCACACCUUAUACAAAUGAGUUCCUUAUCGUUGAUUGGAGAAUUGGCAAGAUCUCUACCCAAGCCUACACAAGACCCUGAAGAUGUGUUAGAGAAAAUGAAUAAAGGGCUUAUGUUAUCAAAGUCCAUUUCAAAAACAAGACAAUGUGAUAUGUUUAUUUAGUAAUUUUAUAAAUAUAUUCUGUACAAUGUUUAAGAUAUAAAUAUAUUGUUUAUAAGUAAUCAAAAAU